GCCCAGCUAGAGAAGCCGCAGCGGCGAGCGGAGCAUCCACGUGUGUCCUCUCUCCCCUCUCCGAGACUUAAAGGGGCCGCGCACCGCCGGAGCCAGAUGCAGCGCUGGAACGGGAGCGGCAGCAGCAGCCGGGCGGAGAUGGUGCCCGAGAUCGCCGCCGCCGUGGGCUUCGUGUCCAGCUUGCUCCGCACUCGCGGCUGCGUCAGUGAGCAGCAGCUGCAGGUUUUCAGUGGGGCCUUGCAGGAGGCGCUCGCAGAGCACUACAAACAUCACUGGUUUCCAGAAAAGCCUUUCAAAGGCUCUGGGUAUCGCUGCAUUCGGAUCAACCACAAAAUGGACCCCAUUAUCAGCAAGGCAGCUAGCCAGAUCGGACUCAACCUUCAGCAGCUCUACCAGCUCCUCCCCAGCGAGCUCACGCUCUGGGUAGACCCGUACGAGGUGUCGUACCGGAUUGGUGAGGACGGCUCCAUCUGCGUUUUGUACGAAGCAACGGCAACAAAACCCGUGAGCUCCUAUGGGAUGCUCACCUGCAAAAACCAAAUGAUGCUGGGUCGCACCAGCCCUUCCAAAAACUACAUGAUGACUGUCUCCAGCUAAAUGCUCCACUUGUCCUUACACUGCCAAGAUAUGGGCUACUGUAAUACCUCACCUGAGGAUCUAUUUUUAAAUGAAGAGCUAUUUAUAUUUUUUAAGAAAAACCAAGAAAAUCCAAAAUUUAAAUAUCAGAAACUGCUCUGUGGGGAAGCAGUAUUAGGUGCCUUUUUUUCCCAGAAGCUGUUGCAAGCUUUGAAUUGAUAUUAUGAAGCUGAUAUCUACCUAAUUAGUGUUGGAUGACAAUUUUGAUGGGCUGGCUGUGUCAGGGAAGCACAAGUGGGUAGAGGGCAGGAAGUAGCACAGCACUUCCUUAGAAGUAUUUCUUAACUAUGGAGUAAGCGCUGAGCAACUGUUAAUUAAAAGGCUAGUAUGCCUUCUGGGGUUGAAAGAUGAUCUCCAACAGUGACCCCACUGAGUUGAUUGGGAUGUCAUGACUCCCAAGUGUUCAUUCUAGCCUUGAUUUUGAGAGUUGCCUACUCUGUUGAUAAAGGAGGCUAAUCAUUUUCCCCCAUACACACCUUGGAUUUCCCCCCAAAAUAAGCCUGAGCAUUUCUUUGUGGCAUAGUUUCUGACUUCUAAAUCAGUUUUUGCCCCACCCCUAGCAUCUAACAUAUUGAGCUAUCUUUUUCCAGCACAUGCCCAUUAUUAGUUUUUGGUCUCUUUGCACACUUAAUGCCUGAUCCUGAACUAGUGGAUUCAUGCAAAAUUCCAGAUGAAGUCAAAGGAUACUUGAAAUUGAGGGGAUUUUUGCCUGAAUACCAUGUUCAGGGGUUUGGCCCUUGUUUUGUAAUCAGCUGAACUGUGAGUUGAGGAACUGAAAGUGCCGGGUCGUUGUGAUCUUACCUACCUGAUGGGGAAUACACUUCUACCAAGACUACCCAAUUCACUGCCUUUCUCUUGACCUCCUGACAAUGCUGCCCAUGGCUCUUUGCGAACCAGUUGAAAAAGGCAAGGCACUCUUUAAUGAAAUGCGUUUUCAGAAGGAUUUUUUUUUUUUUUUUUUUUUUCUUCGCCUUCUUGCUGUUUUAAACUGGCAGCUGACUUGCAUAAUCAGAGCUGUUCCUUCCCAGCCUUCUAUGAAUCAAGUUCUCAGACCUUGUGCAAUAUGUAUUUCCAAAUCUUGGGCACUCUGGGAGAGGAAGGAAGGUUCUUUGCAACAGUUUUCCCCCACCCCUCCCUCCUUUCUUUCUCUCUUCUUAACCUUUUAAAAAGGAAAUCACUUUCCAUGUGGAAAUCUGGGUUCAGAUUUCUGUAGGGAUUGAGUUCCUCAACUGGAAAACUGAGCAUCCUAAUGGCGUGUCAUUGAAAGGUGCCUAAUGGCCUUUGUUUAUCCCCAAGCAGCAUAAUAAUAAUAAUAAUACACUUUAAUAACCAACUGUAAAUCUGAAGUUGCAACACCCCCAGCUCUGCAUCAUGUAGUCAACAAAUGCAGCAAAGCAGAAGUUAGAAUAAAGAACUGGGGCCUUCUGCAAGCUAAAAGGUGUUGCUUUUCCGUUAGCAUAAUUGUGCAAUAUUUGGCAUCACACUGAGGGGGGAAUAUUUGGAAACCUGCACUGUAAAUUCCCCUUUCAAGGAAAGUCGCAGUUCAUAGUGCUCUCUGGGAGCUUUGUGUCUCAUCUGGCAUCUCAAAAAUUAAUGAUAUGAGUGAGAACCGUCAACAGCCCAAGACAAACGCAGGUUUGCUAUGCUACACUCCCUGCUUGCACUCAGACUUUCCCAAAUGCUGGUACUUGCUUGGUUUGUCAGUUUGGCAUGAUCCAAUGCAUAUAUGUCUUUUUCUUUUUCUUUCUUUUUUUUUUUUUUUUAAGACAUCUUUAUACUCUAUCCCCUCCCUCCUACCAAAAAGGUGCUUCUGGGGGGAAAUAUUGGAAUUCCCACCCAAUCAUGACCCCUAUUUAAAAACAAAAAGAAAAGGAGAAAAAAAAAAACCCUACACACACACACGCACACACUCAUCAAAUCUCAUGCUGUUGUCCCUGGCAGGGUGUUUAGUGUCAAAGUUUUGUUUGCUUUAAAACCAGGCGUAUUUGGAGGGCAUGAAUUCGUUAUUGUAUUUUGUUACAUGUAAAAGCUGUGAAUUAAUGUGUUCUGUCUUGCCUUUUGACUACAAUCCUGACCGAACCAGUCACAGACAUGAAAAACUGUUUAUCAAAGAAUGUGUGUUGGGUUUUUGGGGUUUUUUU